AUUGCACGGUGUCAAUCCAGAAAAUAACCUGCUUGGAGGUUCCCGCUCCUCCCGCUCCUCUGUACAACGGCCAACUGAACUUCCUGCUGCUCACACUCCAGCCGCCUUUCUGCUUUUGCAUCCGCAUGCUGUGUUUGCCGAUGUGCCUUCUCCUGAGCCGAGUUUAUCAGUGGCCAGCCGUCUUUUGAAAAGAGCCGUACCGCGCCAUCCCCAAGCCCCCCUCUCCGGCGUCUCGCCGGCCACGCGCUGGUCUUUGACCAACAGCGGGAACUCAUUGGUGCGCGGGCCUUCCUUGAAAGUGCUAAGCAAGCUCCAGCGGCACCGCCGCGCGGCCCGCCCGCCGACUCGCAACACCUCAUCUUGCGACAUUAUACCGGUGUCUUCUUCUCCUCGGCACGACCCAACGCAUCGCCGGAUUCCCUCCGAUACAUCAACCCGCCGCCGUCGCCAAGAUGUCGAAAGUCAUUCGGAGCGUCAAAAAUGUCACAAAGGGCUACUCCAGCGUCCAGAUCAAAGUGCGAGAAGCGACGAGUAACGACCCAUGGGGCCCAACAGGGACGCAGAUGAGCGAGAUCGCUCAGUUGACAUUCAACUCGUCGACCGAGUUCUACGAGAUCAUGGAUAUGCUCGACAAGCGGCUCAACGACAAGGGCAAGAACUGGCGACACGUCCUCAAGGCGCUGAAGGUUAUGGACUACUGCUUGCACGAGGGAUCGGAGCUGGUCGUCACCUGGGCCAAGCAGAACUUAUUCGUCAUCAAGACGCUGCGCGAAUUCCAAUACAUUGAUGAGGAAGGCAGGGAUGUUGGUCAGAACGUUCGUGUUGCUGCCAAGGAGUUGACCUCCCUGAUCCUGGACGAGGAAAGACUGCGGGCGGAGCGGAGCGACAGGAGGUCCUGGAAGUCCCGUAUCAACGGUCUGGAAGAAUACGCCCCUCAACACAGCCACCGCCCGGAAAGCCACCGACAGCGGAAUCGGCGCGACAGCGACGACGAAGAUGCCGAGUACAGGUUGGCCAUUGAGGCCAGCAAGUACCAAGAGGAGGAAGACAGGAGAAAGCGCGAGAGCCGAGCUGCUGCGGAAGAGGACGACGACCUCGCAAAGGCCAUCAAGCUCAGCAAGGAGGAGGAGGAGCGGCGCCGGCGGGAGCUGGAGGAGAGCAAUGCGUCUUCCCUGUUUGACGACACUCCAACGCAGACGAGCCAACCGCAGUUCACUGGGUUCAAUCAGGGUUAUCAGCAAGGAAGCGCUGUCGAUUUCUUCGCGAACCCAAUCGACCAGACCCAGAUGCAGGUCCAGCCCACAGGCUACAUGAACAACGCGUACACGGGGUUCCAGACGCAGGCGACAGGGUACCCGAAUGGCUACGCGAACGGAUUUGGGCAGCAGCAGGUAGUCUUUGACCCAUAUGGACAGCAGCAGCAGCCGCAGCUGGCGCAGCAACCGUUCCAACCCCAGCCGACGGGCUUCAACCCGUACAUGCAGCAGCAGCAGCAGGAGCAACAGCAGCAGCAAUUCCUCCAGCCACAGAUCCAAGAACCCGGCCCGCAACCAGGCAGCAACAACCCUUGGGCCAGCAGCAACAGCCUGCAGUCUCUCAAGCCGACACCAACCGGCUCUAACAACCCUUUCGCCCAGCGGCCGCAGUCCGGAUAUAAAGCCCAGCCGAUGACGACGCUCAGCAGCCUCCCCGAGCAAAAGACCCUCUCGACCUUCCAGACCACCCACCUCCAACCAUCCUCCUCCCCCUUCAGUACCAUGCAGCAGCCCCAAUUCCAGUCGCCUCAGCAGCAACCGCAGCAGCAGCAACAACCACAAAAGCAACUGAGCGAGCACGAGGCAAAGCUCAAUGCGCUCCUAGCCAGCGGCGACGGCAUGGACACGUUCGGCAACACGGGCAACCUGCGCAUCCCCGCGCAGCACACUGCCCCGGGCGUGUUCGUGAACAGCGCCGGCUCCGGCCUGGGUAGGCUCACGGCCGACGCGACGGGGAACAACCCCUUCCUGCGGCAACAGUUCACAGGUAUGCCCACCGUUUCUUACGGCCAGCCACAACAACAGCAGCAGCAGCAUCAGAUUCCGGCUGCUACGGGGCCUGCCGGGAUGGGCAUGGGCAUGGGUAUGGGUAUGGGUGGUGGUGCGAGCAAUAAUCCGUUUGCGGCGAGCACGGGUCAGGGGCAGCAGCAGGGUGGGCAGCAGGGAGAUUUGAUUCAGUUCUGAAGAAGGCCAAAAAAAAGGACUGGCGGGGUGGAGGCUGUACGAGGGGAAGUGGGAGGGGAGACUGCGAGAGAGGGAGUAAGUAAGCCUGGCUGGGUUGAAUGCGGUCAGUUCAGCUGGAGGACGGUGCUGGCAGGGCGACAAGCACAAGUAGACC